GGGUGACGGCGCCGCCAGGAUGAAACUCGUGAGAUUUUUGAUGAAGUUGAGUCAUGAAACUGUAACCAUUGAAUUGAAGAAUGGAACACAGGUCCAUGGAACAAUCACAGGUGAGGAUGUCAGCAUGAAUACACAUCUUAAAGCUGUGAAAAUGACACUGAAGAAUAGAGAGCCUGUCCAACUGGAGACACUGAGUAUUCGAGGAAAUAACAUUCGGUAUUUCAUUCUGCCAGACAGCUUACCUUUGGAUACCUUACUUGUGGAUGUUGAACCUAAGGUGAAAUCUAAGAAAAGGGAAGCUGUCGCAGGAAGAGGAAGAGGCCGAGGUCGAGGAAGAGGACGUGGCCGUGGCAGAGGAAGAGGGGGGCCUAGGCGAUAAAGUCUUUCAAGAUUUACUGUUUCAAAGGGUUAAGUUGAUUUGGGAUUUUUUUUGUACAGAUUUUGUUUUGUUUUUGUCAGUUUUUAAUAAACAUAAAUGUGGGAC